AUGCCUAAUCCUGGCGCUGAAGGUCCUGGCUUCUUCCAGCAAUACGGCUAUAUAGCCUGGCCCGUCCUCGGCGUCCUCGGCGGACUUGUCCUCCUCGUUGGCGGCUACGCGAUCUGGCGCGGUCCGCACCGGCCAUUCUUCCCUCCAUGCCUUAUCGCCAAGCUACGCAAGAACAUCACCAGCCAUACUCGCGACCUUGACGACGAGAAGCAUGUCCGGGGCAGGAAACGCGACAUCAGCCCAGUAGUAUCCGUGGCUAUCCCACCUCGGGAGGAACUCGGACGGCAGGGCAAGCGUGGCGCGCACUCUCUGACCAGCGCGGAUGCGUUCAAGCGCCAGGUCGUUGCUGCGCGACAGAGCGGCAUGCACUGGGGGACAGCUCCGGGCGUGCCGCCGCCGCCAGGCUAUUCCCGCGAUGGCGGAGAGGCGGAACAAGGGAGGAUGGAGGGGAGUCCGGUCUCGAUGAGCGGGACGUUGGUUGGGUCUACGGUGUCGCUGGGAGAUGGGGAGGGGAAGGAGAUGAUGACGGACUACCACUAUCGCUCCUACCAAGGGCACGGAUACGGGCAGGAGCAACGACCGGUCAUCCAGUACAACGACGGUACAACGCCUAUACCGGACUCUCAACUCCCUCGUCGGCGGUCCUCGAUCGACGCGGUCCAGCCGGUCCAGUACGACCACAAUGACAGUACCGUAAUCGCGGCAGUCCCCUCAUACCCGUCCCCUCCUCCUCCUGCGGCUACCGCUCCUCUGUCAUACCCCAAUCGUCGCAGGUCCGACGCAUCGAGCCCGUACCACCCCCAUCCCCACUCGCGCUCAUCGACCCAAGGUCAAUUUGGGGCUAGGGGGCCGCGCGAGGCUCGUCGGUAUCCAUCCCCGAAGGCCGAUGCAGAAGUACAAGUCGCUCGAUGCUCGGCGCUCGAACCACUCUCGAACCCCAUGCUCAGAUCAGUGGACCAUGCCGGCAGCCACUCUCACCGAACGGAGCUCGGCAAGCUCGGAGAUCAAGCUUCAAGCCAAAACGACAUGCCUCAUCCCACCAUCCAACUCAACGCUAUCUUUGACGCUUUCCCACAGACCCUUUUGUUUACAUCUCUCCGCCACCUCGGUGCAGCCGUCUGGAUGGAAACAGUUCGGGCGAUUGACUCUGAGCUAGCCGACUAA